AUGUCUUUACAACCAACCAACAUCUUCAACAACAACAAUAAUAACCAUCAUACCUUUUCUUUGUGUGAUGAGGUUUUCUAUUUUCAUUAUGAUUUAGUUUUCUUUUACUUGACAUCUUCAUUUGCUAUUACAUUCUACAAGCUGCCACAAACUUUCAAUUCAAAAGGCACACUUCACAAUUACGUUAGCAGGUGUUUCCCUACAAAAUACAUAAUGAUAAUUUGA